UGUUUCUUUUCUUUCUUUGACCAGAGACCACCUGGGAACGUCCCAGCAGUUCUCCUGGGAUUCCAGCCAGCCCUGGCCCUCACAGGAGCUCUCUGCCUCCAACAGUGAAUGGAUACCACGCGUCAGGGACCCCAGCGCACCCUCCAGAGACUGCCCACAUGAGUCUCCGAAAAUCCACCGGUGAUUCCCAGAACCUGGGAUCCUCGUCACCAAGCAAAAAGCAGAGCAAGGAAAACACCAUCACAAUAAACUGCGUGACGUUCCCCCACCCAGACACAAUGCCUGAACAGCAGCUGCUGAAACCAACCGAGUGGAGCUACUGCGACUACUUUUGGGCUGAUAAGAAGGACCCCCAAGGCAAUGGCACCGUGGCUGGGUUUGAGCUACUGCUUCAGAAACAAUUGAAGGGCAAACAAAUGCAGAAGGAAAUGUCAGAAUUCAUCCGGGAAAGGAUAAAGAUUGAAGAAGACUACGCCAAGAACUUAGCUAAGCUCUCUCAGAACUCCCUGGCCGCACAGGAGGAAGGCUCCCUGGGAGAGGCGUGGGCCCAGGUGAAGAAGAGCCUUGCAGACGAGGCGGAAGUGCACCUCAAGUUCUCUGCCAAGCUGCACAGCGAGGUGGAGAAGCCCCUGAUGAACUUCCGAGAGAACUUCAAGAAAGACAUGAAGAAGUGCGACCACCACAUCGCUGACCUCCGCAAGCAGCUGGCCAGCCGCUACGCCUCGGUGGAGAAGGCCCGGAAGGCCCUCACGGAGCGGCAGAGGGACCUGGAGAUGAAGACCCAGCAGCUGGAGAUCAAGCUGAGCAACAAGACGGAGGAGGACAUCAAGAAGGCGCGGAGGAAGUCCACGCAGGCUGGAGACGACCUCAUGCGCUGUGUGGACCUCUACAACCAGGCCCAGUCCAAGUGGUUUGAGGAGAUGGUGACCACCACGCUGGAGCUGGAGCGGCUGGAGGUGGAGAGGGUGGAGAUGAUCCGGCAGCAUCUGUGCCAGUACACACAGCUGCGGCACGAGACGGACAUGUUCAACCAAAGCACAGUCGAGCCUGUGGACCAACUGCUUCGAAAAGUGGACCCAGCCAAAGACAGGGAGCUGUGGGUCAGAGAGCACAAAACGGGCAACAUCCGCCCUGUGGACAUGGAGAUCUAGACGGGCCCGCGCGGCCCUGGGGGUCCUGCCCGGAAGAGGGACCGGGGUCCCGAGGGGAGGAGGUGGCAGCCCCCGCUGUGGGGCCACUGCUGAGGGGAGCUGCCCCGCCCACUCUCCUGGGCCGCUGAGGAGGGGAGAGAGCUGGUGAUUCCAGAAGGGUGACCUGGGCGGCCCGGCGGGGGGCUCCCCAACAUUCCCAGGCCAGGAACACAGACCCACAGCCCUGCCCUGUCUCUGAGGCCGAAGCCCCCCACCCCUGUGCUGUGCUUGCCGCUCUGAGAACAGACUGUAGGGGUUGCCAUCACAUGCCUGCGUCCCUGGAAGCCCCGAGGCCCUUCCUCCAGCCAGCUCCCUGCUCUGCAGGGCUUUGGAGGAGGGGGAGGGAGGUGUCUGUCUCCACGCCAGGCGUCAGGAUCGGAAUCACAGGAGGAAGGCACCGGUCAGCUCUUGGUGCACCCAGAAUCCUUUGCAGCCCUCCCUGCCUGCCCCAUUGCAUCCUGGGAGCCCACAUCUGGCCUUUCUCGUCCACUUCUCAUCACCAGGGGUCUUGGGUGACAGGCCUGGCUCCGUCUUCCCAGACCAGCCCUGCCCGGAGAGGUCAGGAUGGAACUACCUCAUUCGGCAAAUUAGCCCAGAACUGGAGCGUUGAAUCGCGUCUCCUGUCAGACCAGGCCGCCUCUGUGGAGUCUCUGGAAGUCCCAGCCCACCCCUCCCUCAGCUGCUUCCGCAGGAAGACCCUCCACCCCUCCCUGCAGCCCCUGCCCAGUCUCAUCAGAGGCGGCUUUCCAAGUUCUCAGCUAUCAAGGCUCAGCCCAGCUCGGCCCAAGGCCUCGAGAGUAGAAAUGAACCAGCUCGUCUCAGAGGCCAGCCAGGCACAGGGCGCCAUCUGGGGCUGCGCUGUUAGGUCGCCCGGCCCCACUCUCCCAGGCCACCCACCGCGGGCCCUUCAGGGGCUGGGUCAGGCCCAUACGGGGGAUGGGUCAGGGCAAGUCUCCGUGGUCCCCCAGAUGGCUUCCAUCCGCUCGUACACAGUGGGGUUGGGACUGCUGUCCCUUGUAAGGCUUUCUCUCACUGGCAGGACUGGACAGGCAUCUCGGACUCCUGGCCACAGUAGGGUGUCCAGCUCCUUCUGCACGUCCCAGAGCCCUGCAUCAGGCCCUCACUUGGUGCCAGCACCUCCUUCCCCUCUCUCCAUCUUCUGAUUCCGGGAAAAGCCUGGCCGGAGUGUGACGUGGGAAGCUCUGGGCUCUGCCGUCGGGUCCACUCAUCGCUCUCUCCCUCUGUGGGCCACGGCAGACGGGUUCUCCAGCUCAGUCUAGAGCAUCAGCCCGAGGGCCGGCAGAAGAGCAAGCCAGGGCCAGGUGGCAGCUGGGAACCGUCUUUCUUAAUCUUCCCCACCGAUUACUUGGGAUCCGACCCACACAUCUCCCGCGAGGGCUCAAUUCCACAAGCACAACUCCUGGUCUUUCAGUCUUACGUGCUAGUCACUGAUGACUUAUUAAUCUCGAAUCUUUUGGCACCUCUUUCAUCGAGUCAGAAUUGCUUUCUUAUAGUUUAUAUUAGAAAGAUGCUUAAUAUACUAAAGCAAACCCAA